UUGUGAUGUUCUGUUAUCGAAAGCAUCUUGUGGCGCCACUUUUCGGUUAUCGUUGCUAUUUUGUUAAAAACAAAAGCGUAAACAACAUGUGCGAAUCUGUUACGCCGGCGGACCAGCGCAAUGUGGAGGUGAAGGCAAGGAUUCCGGGUGGAUCCGAGGGCUUCGAGAAGCGCCUGAUCCUAGCCAGAAACCUGAGCGGCAGCCAGGAUGCUCAGCUAAUCGAGCAGCGGGACGUGUUCUUUGAGUCACCGCUGGGUGGACGACUAAAGUUGCGCUACUUGCAGGCGCCAUCGCGCUCCCAAUUGGUCUACUACGAUCGUCCGGAUGUGGCCGGUCCCAAGCUUUCCAAGUUCAACAAGACGGAGGUGGACGAACCGGAGGUGCUGGAGAAGAUCCUGCGCCAGUCGAACGGCGUCCUUGGUGUCCUGGCAAAGCGACGGCACCUAUUCCUUUGCGGACAGACGCGCAUCCACCUGGACGAGGUGAAGGAUCUGGGGCACUUCAUGGAACUGGAGGUGUGCCUGACAGAGGAGCAAACCCUCGAGGAGGGCCAAGCCAUCGCCGAGAAGCUGUCCAGAGAACUGGGCAUCCAGGAGGAGGACCUAAUGACCGGCUCGUACUUCGAUGCCCUCAGAAAGCUGAAUCAUUAGGCGUGAAAUCCUUUUUACGAUUAGUUCCUUACCCAUAAUCAUAGAAUUUCCAACAAGUGUUAUCCAUAAAACAUUUUGUGAGGCAAACUUCAAA